GACAUUCUAGCGGGUCACCUGACCUAUUACUAAACGCAAUGGCUGCUCUUGUAAGUAUUGUACGGUACAAGUUUAUUUAGUUUAAAUGCUCUUUUGACAAGCAUGAAACUAUUAAAAUGGAUUUUAGGAAGUUGAAUCGUUUCCACGUCGGUCGCCAAAAUAUUUGUCUGGAGAACCCUCAAGGAAAGUUAAGCGUGAAGCGGAGAAAGGGACUUUGGAACCUACUCCUCCUCCCACUGAUGGGAUAAAGAAUUAUUAUAUGAACAAGAUCGAUGAACAUCAAUUUAUUUACACUGAGAAAGUCCUCAAUUUAAGGCGACUCGAGGCUCAGAGGAACGAGUUAAACGCUAAAGUUCGAAUGCUUCGGGAAGAGCUGCAGCUUUUACAGGAACAAGGUUCAUUUGUUGGAGAAGUCAUAAAAGCUAUGGACAAAAAGAAAGUGUUAGUUAAAGUACAACCGGAAGGAAAAUAUGUCGUGGACAUCGACAAAAACAUUGAAAUGUCUCAGAUAUCCCCAAACUGCCGUGUGGCUCUCCGAAGUGAUAGUUACACGUUGCACAAAAUUUUGCCAAGCAAAGUUGAUCCCCUUGUGUCUUUGAUGAUGGUAGAAAAGGUUCCCGACUCUACUUACGAGAUGAUUGGAGGCCUAGAUAAACAGAUCAAAGAAAUUAAAGAAGUCAUUGAGCUUCCUGUAAAACACCCAGAGCUUUUUGACGCUCUAGGAAUAGCACAACCUAAAGGCGUGUUGUUAUAUGGGCCCCCGGGUACAGGGAAAACCUUGUUAGCUCGUGCCGUUGCCCACCAUACUGAAUGUACAUUUAUUCGUGUCAGUGGUUCUGAACUUGUCCAAAAAUUCAUCGGCGAAGGAGCUAGAAUGGUUCGUGAAUUAUUUGUUAUGGCGCGAGAACAUGCACCAUCUAUAAUUUUCAUGGAUGAAGUUGAUUCAAUUGGAUCCACCAGAUUAGAAAGUGGCACAGGGGGAGAUAGUGAAGUUCAAAGAACUAUGUUAGAGCUGCUCAAUCAAUUGGAUGGGUUUGAACCCAAGCAAAAUAUAAAAGUUAUCAUGGCAACAAAUCGUAUUGACAUACUUGAUUCAGCUCUUCUAAGACCUGGCCGAAUUGAUCGGAAAAUCGAGUUUCCUGCUCCGAAUGAGGAAGCUCGAUUAGAUAUCCUGAAAAUACACUCUCGAAAGAUGAACUUAACUAGAGAUAUCGACCUGCGUAAGCUAGCAGAAUCAAUGCCUGGUGCUAGUGGUGCAGAAGUCAAAGGAGUGUGUACGGAAGCCGGUAUGUACGCGUUGCGAGAACGUCGGGUUCAUGUUACGCAAGAAGAUUUUGAAUUAGCAGUUGCUAAGGUGAUGCAGAAAGAUUCUGAGAAAAAUGUAUCCAUCAAGAAACUGUGGAAAUAAGGCUUUAAAUUUAUUUAUUUUAUAUGACUAAACAAUACCAUUUUCUUUUGUAAAAACGUUACUGGUAUAUUCUGUUUUCAUUCUUUAUCCACUUGUUCAUAGAAAAAUGAACACCUUUUUUCCAGUUAUUUAGAUCGCUUCCAUAGACUGCUUUAUUUUUAAUAACGAGGGUUUUGUUCUAAUUAUGUAAAUUGUAGGUAAUUAACACUCAUACGUUCUUAUUUUAUUGUUACAUAAUCAUCCAUGUAGGUUUAAUCUAUCACUCGUGUGUCAUAAACAAAAAUUUCUAGGUGCAACUUGGUAAUUUAGUGCUUGAGACCCAAAGAUAUUAUCGUACCACCCAAAGUAAACCUGGGUUCAAAUGUGCAUUCCAGUAAUUUAGUUUCGUAUUCGUAGUCCUGAACUAUUGCUGCAUAAAUUUAACAGUAAAUUGCAGUCAUUCAUAAAAAACGUAUAGCACACAUAUUUCAUGCCAUAUCAGCACUGUGAAAUCCAAUCGUCUAGACAAAUUUGAGAGUAGUAAAAAUAAGAAUAUCAGCAGAACACGUUAAAUGUAAACAGUAUACUUUUCGAAAGAAUAAAUUUGCAUAUAUGUGCCUGGUCCUGCAUUGUAGCUGAUUGACUGACAGAACGAAUUUGCAAAGUAAAUAGAAGUAUAUAAUUUUAAAAUUCAUGAUCUAAUGAAAAAAGUGUCUGUUUUGACCGGUUGUCAUCGAGCAGAAUCCAAUCAAACGGUCUUAGUUCAUAAACAUGGCUCAAUCAGUUAGUCACUGACGUUAUGAACUGAUACCAUGUAUUGGUUUGGUUGUAUCUAGCUUUGCAACUCACCCCCACACCGCCAUUGUCGCCUAUCGAAGUAGGUGGUAGCGGGAAAUAAUGUAGCUACGGUGUGGGCUACUUAUAUCUAUAUAAGUAAUAUAUAACGGUGGUCAGGCAUAAAAUGUAUUUCAGCAGAAGGAACGGGAACGGAACGCAUUAGUAUGAAAAUGCAUGAACAAUGGAAUCUGAGACGAUGGAUUGAUGUUUUUCAAAUUAAUUAAUUAAUAUAUUGUUCUCAAAUUUUAUUGAGAUGCUCUGCAGUUUCGUGUCAAAUACAUUCAAUUGUCC